UUGCUUGGUACGAGCCUGAGAGGAGACAGGUUAGCAUAUAGGUCGAUGAAUGUGUGCGAAUCAAUGCCACUCACCAUUGUUGAAUGUGUUGUUGAGAGUUGUUGAAGAGAUACUUUGUUGGAUGGAGCUCUGGUUGACGGGGUGGUGGAGGGUAUUAAUAGGGGCGUGUCGAAGUGCGAGUUUCCGAGAGCGCGCGCGCGGGGGGACGACGAAGACGCGUUGCGUGGUUGACUUGAUCCGCGACGAACGUUGACGGGAAAUCACUGGGGAAGAGCGGAAUGGAGCAGAAGAAAGAGACGACGACGCUUGUGUAGCUGAUGAAUAGAGCUAUUCUCGCGUCUCUCCUUCUUGUCCUCCGCGUCCUGAAGGCUGUGAUCACGGCGCGGUGCACUCGUUCCCAGGCUGAUCAGAAGCAGAGUAAGCCUUCCCGAUUAGGAAGGCAACUUGAUCAAGCGGUACCCGACCUCCACCAAGAGCGCGUCGAGGAGAGCGAUGGAGCAGGCAGAGGAACGAGACCGCUUCAAACCGAAUCGAUAUAUCAUUUCUCUCCACUUUCACUCGUUCACUCUGCCUGGUUUCACGCGGCCGGGUCUCCCACUCCACCUGAUCGUCCGCAACGCGCUCUCACGUCCAUCCCCGGCGACAUCGACCAUCAACCGAAACGCAGCAACGCUAACUCCUCCACCCUCCAACUCACAUAAAACCCAUUCACUCCCACCUCAACCUCAAUCCCCAUCAACUUACAACAAAGUCAACUAGGACAUCCAGCUCUUAGUUAC